CUGACAACCAGUGCUGAAAACGUCUCACUGUCGUCAUUAGUUUCUGGACUCGUCUCGUGUAUUUUUGUCCGCGGAUCUUUUGACUUAAAAUGCACCUGCUGAGGCAACUUCGCCAGCUGAAUGGCCUCCGAGGACUUCGACAGGCCACCUGCCAGGUUUCCUCCGCGCCCACCAAACCUGCCGCCCUGCAGUACGAGCGGGAUCCUCAACCACUGUUCACGGAUGCCGAAACUCAGCGGUUGCUCCAGUCCAUGACGCAACUCAACUUGGACAAGGUUUAUCGAAAGCGCACGGUUCCGGACAACAGCACCGAAACCAAGUUCAUGACCAACGAGGAGCUGGACAGCGAAUUUCAGGACAUGGUGGUGCGGGCACAACACAUGCUCCAAAUGCCGCCAAUAGUGGAGGUCAAAAAGGAUGUGGAGCGCGUCAUAGCCAAGGAUCCGGCACUCAAAGAUUUCGCCAGCACCAAAUACGUGUUCACGGACAUCACCUUCGGCCGGCGACAGUCGGAGAGAAAGGUCUUUGUCCGGGAAACGGACGGAACUCUGGCCUACGCCUCGCUGGACACAACAAAGCGGAUGAAUCAGUUGUAUUUUCCGCUGGAGGGUCGCCAGUCGUAUACUCCUCGCAUGUUUGCCUUGGAGGAGCUGCUGUCGAAGUGUUUGGCAGAGCACAAGUAUGAGUUCAUCCUAGACCGCCUCCUGGUGCAGUAUGAGCCGCAUGAGCCCGAGUUCCACAACAUUUCGGCGCGAGUAUUUGAGCAUCUUAAUGAAUCUAAGCAGUUUGAUCUUCUGCGCUCCACCCGGCACUUCGGACCAAUGGCCUUUUUCUAUGCCUGGCAUCGCUGCAUCGACGAUCUGCUGUACGAUAUGAUCCGUCGGGAUUACUUGCACAAUGCCGUGGAGUUGAUAGCCUUGAGCUACAAGGUACAUAAAAUCCCAGUGGAAUAUCAAACCACAUUGGAUGAGUUGAACAAACUGCAUCCCACGCCGGCGCAAAGCGCUUUAACGGAGCUGAGGAGUGUCUUCCGGCGUCCAGAGGAUAAGGAGGGCAUCGAGCAAGAGAUCCACACAGCCAUUGGCAAAACAGAGAAGGACUUCGCCGCCGAUGAGAUCAGCUUGAAGUUCAUCGAGCAGUACAUAGCCAGUGAACACUCGCUGAAAAAGGUUCAACUGGAGCUGGCGGUGCAGACACUUAAGGAAGUCAACCGAGAGAAACUCCUGCUGUUCCAGGGAUUGAAAAAGGCCCACGGCGUGCAGGCGUCGUAGGACCUACUUGGUUUAUUGUUAUCGAUCUUUAUUAAAUACUAAUAAAUACCAAUUUGUAUAAGCUA